GCGAAGCCCUCAUCAGCCCAUCAUGGCAACGGCAGCGCUGUGGACCUGGGCCCUGGUGCUCCUCUUUACCUGGGCCUCCCCGGUGGAACCAAUGAAAGCUCAUCCCCGCAAGCACAUCAACAGCAUCUGCAGCGUUUGGGGCAAGGACCACUUCAAGACCUUCGACGGGGACAUCUACCAGUUCCCCGGCAUGUGCGAAUACAACCUGGUGUCUGACUGUCACGAGGCCUACCUGGACUUCUCCGUGCACAUGAAGAGAGCAGAGGUCAACGGUCACCCCACUGUCAGCCGAAUAGUGGUCACCAUUAAAGACCGGAUCAUCGUGCUCACCAGGAACCUGGUCACCAUGAAUGGAGAAAAAAUCACCACACCGUACUAUGGCGCAGGAGUCCUGCUGGAGACGAACACAAUCUACACCAAACUCUACUCUAAACUGGGCCUCAGUGUCAUGUGGAAUGGAGAGGAUGCUGUCACUCUGGAACUAGACUCCAAAUAUCAAAACCGCACAUGUGGUCUCUGUGGAGACUUCAAUGGUAUCCCCCUCAACUUCGAAUUCCUGGAAGAGGGUCGUGAGAUAAGCCCCAUUGAGUUUGGGAAUCGUCAGAAGGUCCACCUUCCCACUGAGCUCUGUGAGGAUCCCCCUGAGGAAGAUGAGUUUGAGGAUUCUGGUCUCGACAAAUGUUCCAAGUUUCGUGAUGGCUGUACCAAGCUUCUGCAAUCUGAGGACUGGAAGUCAUGUGCCCGGGCUCUCAGCCCUGGGCCCUACAUCCAGGCCUGUGUGCAGGACAUGUGCAGCUGUGGGGACGUCCCGGACGACUUCUGCAUCUGCAGCACCCUCGCCGAAUACUCCCGACAGUGCUCGCACAGCGGAGGCACGCCGCCCAACUGGAGGACCCAAGACUUCUGUGUGAAGCAAUGCCCCUUGAACAUGGUGUAUGCGGAGAGUGGCUCGGCGUGCAUGAACACCUGCACCAACAGAGACACCAGCCAGCUGUGCGAGGAGCACCACGUGGACGGCUGUGUUUGCCCUGAAGGCACAGUGUUUGAUGAUAUCUCUGAGAGAGGCUGCAUCAGGCAGGAGCAGUGCCAGUGUGUGCAUGACAAAGUGUACAACUCUGGGGAAGUGCUGCUGCAGGACUGUGAGGAAUGUGUUUGUAACCAGGGAAGGUGGUCCUGUAAGAGCCUACCCUGCCCUGGACAGUGUGCUGUAGAGGGGGGGUCACAUGUCACAACCUAUGAUGGGAAAGCCUACACCUUCCAUGGAGACUGCUACUACAUCCUAACCAAGGACAAUGUGGGGUCAAAGUUCACUGUCCUGGGCCAGCUGGUCCCAUGCGGUUCUCAGGACCUGGACACUUGUCUGAAAUCAGUGGUGCUGCUGCUGAACAAUGACAAAAACAAUGCAUUGGUAAUUAAAGCAGACGGGAAAGUGAGUCACAAUGCUGAGAUCAGCCUGCCCUACAGCACAGCAAAUGUACACAUGUUCAGACCUUCGUCCUUCCACAUCAUACUGCAGACCGAUUUUGGAUUACAGCUGCACAUUCAACUCAUUCCCAUCAUGCAACUGUACAUAACCCUGGACCAGACGUACCUGACAAAAACAUGCGGCCUGUGUGGAAACUUCAACAUGGUCCUGCACGAUGACCUGAAGACCCCUCAGGGGCUGGUGGAGGGCACCGCUGCAUCUUUCGCCAACUCCUGGAAGGCCCAGGCCAGCUGCCCGAACAGGAUGGAACGACUGGAUGACCCCUGCUCACUCAGUAUAGAGAACGAAAAUUAUGCUGAGUACUGGUGCUCAAUGCUGCAAAGUCAAAAGAGUGAGUUUUCCAAGUGCCACACUAUGGUGGACCCUGAAGCCUACUACAGGAGGUGCAAGUACUCCAGCUGUAACUGUGAGAAGAGUGAAGACUGCCUGUGUGCUGUGUUCUCCUCCUAUGUGAGAGCUUGCCAGGCUAAGGGUGUGGAGCUUCAGGGCUGGAGGACCAAUAUCUGUGGCAAGUACACGGAGACCUGCCCCGCCUCCCAGACGUUCUCCUACCAGCUGCAGCAGUGCCAGCGGACGUGCCGAUCCCUCGGGUCCGAGCGACCGAGCUGCUCCACCGACUUCCUGCCUGUGGAUGGCUGCUCCUGCCCCGAAGGCCUGUACCAGGACGACAGAGGCGUGUGCGUGCCCGUGGCCAAAUGCCCCUGCUAUCACAACGGCGACCACAUCAAGCCUGGAAAAUCCAUCACCAUAAAGGAGGAGCACUGUGUGUGCUCCAAUGGGAGGCUUCAUUGCCGGUCUUGGAAAGCACGGUCGGAGAGAUGCCCGUCUCCGAAGGUCUUCUUCAGCUGCUCCUCAGCAGAUGCGAACGCACAAGGGAUAGAGUGUGCACGCACCUGCAGCAACCUGGGUGGUGACUGCUUCUCCUCUGAAUGCGAGUCCGGGUGCCAGUGUCCGAGUGGGCUGCUGGACGACGGGAGGGGGAACUGCGUGAAGGAGCACGAGUGCCCGUGCCUCCACGACGGCCACUUCUACGCCCCUGGAAGACAGAUCCCAAACCGGUGCAACACAUGUACAUGUACCAGGGGGAUGUGGAAUUGCACGGAUCACAUAUGCCCCGGCUCCUGCACCAUCUAUGGCAGUGGCCACCACCUGACCUUCGAUGAGCGGAGGUUUGGCUUUCGUGGACAAUGUGGUUAUGUGGCUGUGCAGGACAAAUGUGGAAAUAAGACAGGGAUGGCAAAUUUCCGGGUGAUCACAGAGAACAUUCCGUGCGGAUCUACUGGCACAACUUGUUCAAAAUCAGUCAGGAUUUUCCUCGGGAGCACUGAGCUGAAGCUGUCUGAGGGGAAGGUUGAGCAGGUGAGCAGCAAUGGCUUGAUGUUUAUAGAAUACAAAGUGAGGACCGUCGGCUUGUACAUCGUCGUGGAAUCCAAAAUCGGGUUCUCCGUGGUCUGGGAUCGCAAAACAACCGUUCGCAUCAUCCUGGAACCAGACCAUAUGGGAAAGGUGUGUGGUCUGUGUGGGGACUUCGAUGGCGAUGCCAAAGAUGACUUCACCACCCAGGGGCAGCUGGUAGUGAGCAGCCCCUUGGAGUUUGCCAACAGCUGGAAAGUCUCCAGCUCCUGCCCGGAUGCCGCAGAAGACACGGACGCGUGCAGCCUAAACCCCCACCGACACGGCUGGGCAAUGCUGCAGUGCAGCAUCAUCAAAGCCACCACCUUUAAGGACUGCCAUGAUAAGGUAGACCCCAUCCCGUACUAUGAAAACUGUGUGAGCGACUCGUGCGCGUGUGACAGCGGGGGAGACUGUGAGUGCUUCUGCACGGCUGUGGCAGCUUACGCGCAGGCCUGCAACGAAGCUGGAGUCUGCGUCGCCUGGAGGACUCCAGACCUGUGCCCUGUCUACUGUGACUACUUCAACGCCCCGCAUGAAUGCCAAUGGCACUACAGUCCCUGCCACCCCGCCUGCUACAAAACCUGCUUCAACCCAGAUGCCAUAUGCAGCAAUCUUCUACCCAAUAUGGAAGGCUGUUACCCCUCGUGUCCACCUGAUAAGCCUAUAUUUGAUGAGGCAAAACAGAUUUGUGUGGAGAAAUGUGAUGGUUGCUACAUCAAUGAUACUGAGUACAGGCCAGGCGAGGAGGUCCCCACAGAGAAACCGUGCACCUCUUGUAUUUGCGUUGGAAAUGAAACUGUCACAUGUGAACAUAAGCGUGGGUGUUGUGUGUACAAUGGGACCGAAUAUGAUGAUGGUGACAUUAUUUAUGAUGUGACUGACAACAUGGGAAUGUGCUACUAUGCCAUCUGCAAGAACGAAACCGUCAUUCAUGGAAAUGAAACAUGUACCACAACGCCACGACCAACCACAACACCAGUUACUACUACAACUGUACCACCAACACCAACCACAACCCCAGUUACUACUACAACUACUGAAACACCAACACCAACCACAACCCCAGUUACUACUACAACUACUGAACCACCAACAACAACCCCAGUUACUACUACAACUACUGAAACACCAACACCAACACCAACCACAACCCCAGUUACUACUACAACUACUGAAACACCAACACCAACACCAACCACAACCCCAGUUACUACUACAACUACUGAAACACCAACACCAACACCAACCACAACCCCAGUUACUACUACAACUACUGAAACACCAACACCAACACCAACCACAACCCCAGUUACUACUACAACUACUGAAACACCAACACCAACACCAACCACAACCCCAGUUACUACUACAACUACUGAAACACCAACCACAACACCAGUUACUACUACAACUACUGAAACACCAACACCAACCACAACCCCAGUUACUACUACAACUACUGAAACACCAACCACAACACCAGUUACUACUACAACUACUGAAACACCAACCACAACACCAGUUACUACUACAACUACUGAAACACCAACACCAACACCAACCACAACCCCAGUUACUACUACAACUACUGAAACACCAACACCAACACCAACCACAACCCCAGUUACUACUACAACUACUGAAACACCAACACCAACACCAACCACAACCCCAGUUACUACUACAACUACUGAAACACCAACACCAACACCAACCACAACCCCAGUUACUACUACAACUACUGAAACACCAACCACAACCCCAGUUACUACAACUACUGAAACACCAACACCAACCACAACACCAGUUCCUACUACAACAACAAAACCACCGACAACAACACCAUGCAUUGACGAUUGUGACUGGUCUGAGUGGUUUGACGUAGAUAAACCAUCGUUCAAUAAAGGCGAUUGGGAAACAUAUAAAAACAUCACUGCCAGUGGAGAAGAAGUGUGUCAAGAUCCUCAAGAUAUUGACUGCAGGGCUGCAUCAGCUCCAGAUAUGAGUCUAGACGAGUUUGUAGGCCAAACAAACCAAGUAGUGCACUGCAAUAUCUCAUUUGGUUUAAUAUGUAAAAAUGAAGAACAAGUAGCACGUCCAUAUAAAUGCGUUAACUACAAAAUCAAACUUUACUGCUGCAUUCCAUGUGAAACACCAACACCAACCACAACCCCAGUUACUACUACAACUACUGAAACACCAACACCAACCACAACCCCAGUUACUACUACAACAACUGAACCACCAACCACAACACCAGUUACUACUACAACAACUGAAACACCAACACCAACCACAACCCCAGUUACUACUACAACAACUGAACCACCAACCACAACCCCAGUUACUCCAACACCAACACCAACCACAACCCCAGUUACUACUACAACUACUGAAACACCAACACCAACCACAACCCCAGUUACUACUACAACUACUGAAACACCAACACCAACACCAACCACAACCCCAGUUACUACUACAACUACUGAAACACCAACACCAACACCAACCACAACCCCAGUUACUACUACAACUACUGAAACACCAACACCAACCACAACCCCAGUUACUACUACAACAACUGAACCACCAACCACAACACCAGUUACUACUACAACAACUGAAACACCAACACCAACCACAACCCCAGUUACUACUACAACAACUGAACCACCAACCACAACCCCAGUUACUCCAGUUACUACUACAACUGAACCACCAACACCAACAACAACCCCAGUUACUACUACAACUACUGAACCACCAACCACAACCCCAGUUACUACUACAACAACUGAACAACCAACACCAUCCACAACACCAGUUACUACUACAACAACUAAACCACCAACACCAACCACAACACCAGUUACUACAACAACUGAACCACCAACACCAACCACUACUGAACCAGUGGGAACAGGUGGAACAGUCCCACCUCCUACAGGUCCUGGUGUUAUCGUCACCACUCCAUGUUUCUGUAUUGUGAACGGCACAUAUUAUCAUCCAGGAGCGACAAUAGUAAACAUGACACAUAUUGGAUCUGGCAUAUGCCUCACUAUGAUCUGUUCUGGUAUCUGUAAGAUUGAGAACAGCACCGACAUAUGCCCUGUUACCCCAACGCCACCCAAACCCCCAACUCCAACCACAACCCCACAAUCUACAAAAACUCCUGGAUGCCCUGAAUGGGGUGUAUCUACAAAUGUAACGUUUCUGCUUUGUAACUGCACAAUGGCAGUGUGCAUUGAGGACAACAUCAUUGCAAUUGUUCCCUAUGAGUGUCCCCCUCUGAAAGAGAUCACCUGCACUAACGGGAAGAAACCAGUUCUGGAAUGGGAUGAAUAUCACUGCUGCAAGCAGUAUGUCUGCGACUGUGACUGUGAGGGGUGGGGAGACCCCCACUAUAUAACCUUUGAUGGGGAGUUCUACAGCUUCCAGGGGAACUGCACAUAUGUGCUGAUGGAGGAGAUCAUGGUUUGGUACAAACUAAAGAUCUACAUCGACAAUGUCCACUGCGACCCCGCGGAAGUGGUGUCCUGUCCGCGCUCCCUCAUCGUGGUCUACGGGGCCAACACCUUUGUCCUGAAGAAUCACAACCUUCUUGGCGCUGCUGAUCUGGAGGCUAUUAUAAAUGGAGCUCCUGGACAGAAACUCCCAUAUCUCAGGAACAACAUUAAAAUCAUCAACACCGGGAUUGACCUGGUGCUGGAGAUCCCCACUCUGGGCGUGGUGAUUACCUUCGGGGUCACCGGGUUCAGUAUCCACCUCCCCUUCAAGUUCUUUGGGAACAACACACAGGGACAGUGCGGAACCUGCAACAACAACAAGGCGGACGACUGCAUGCUGCCCGGGGGCCAGCUGGUGGACUGUGCCGUCAUGGGAGACUACUGGCUCGUUGAGGACCUGUACAGGCCCGACUGCUCUGUUCCACCCUCCCUGCCCACCAGUGCUCCGGGCCCCAGCCCCACAGACAAACCCUGCGGCCCCAACCCUAUCUGUGACCUCCUCAAGAGCAGCCUGUUCGCAGAAUGCCACGCGGUCGUCUCGCCGGAGCCCUUCUUCCGCGGCUGCGUGUUCGACAGCUGUCACAUGGUCAACCCCACGGUGGAGUGCACCAGUCUGCACACCUACGCUGCGACCUGCAUGGGCUCAGGCAUCUGCGUGGACUGGAGGAACCAAACAGAGAAAUGCCCGAGUAACUGCCCUCCAGACAAGGUGUAUAAGCCAUGUGGCCCUGCAGAACAGCCUACCUGUGAAGACACUGAUGAGGACCCUUCCAUGCGGUUUAUGACAGAGGGCUGCUUCUGCCCCGACGGCAUGAAGCUCUUCAACAAGGAGUCCGGGGUGUGCGUAGCGAAAUGCGGAUGUCUGGAUCCCAACGGGGAGCCACGAGAGUUCAACGAAGUCUUCCAGUACAAGUGUCAGGACUGUAUUUGUGACGAGCCCACCAAAACGGUGAUCUGUAAGCCCAUGAGUUGCCCAGGCCCUGGUGCGAUUAGCUGUACUAAACCAGGAUUCGUCAUCAUCAAUGAGACCAACCCAGAAAAUCCCUGCUGCUCGCAACUGGUCUGCCGCUGCGACAGCAGGACGUGUCCAGCCCUUGACCCAAAGUGCAAAGAGGGGUAUAUUCCUGUGAUCAGUGUCCCAGAGGGGGAGUGCUGUCCUACAUACGAAUGCGAACCGAAGAAGGUGUGCGUUCACAACCACAUGGAAUAUCUGCCUGGGGCAUCAAUACCAGUGGAAGAGUGUCAGGACUGCACCUGUACUACAGAGGUGGACCCCAAUUCUGGCCUGUACAGAAUUAGCUGCUCCUUAGUGCCCUGCAACCAGGACUGCGAACCGGGCUUCAGGUACAUUGAGACUCCUCAGGACAAGUGCUGUGGCAAGUGUGUUCAGACUCACUGUGUGGUAGAAAUCGAUGGAAAAAUUCAGCUGCUUGAGCACGGUCACACCUGGUCUCCUCCUGGAAACAAGUGUGUGGUGCACAGCUGCAUUAGAAUCAACGGGACCUUCGUCUCCACGCUCUCCAACAUCAAGUGCCCCCCCUUCCAUCCCAGCAACUGCCAGCCGGGGACAAUUCAGGUGUCUGCUGACGGCUGCUGUAACGUUUGUGUGGAGAAGGAGCGGGCCUGUAAGGUAGAAACCACGAGGACCCACAUCUUUCAUGCGAACUGCCAGUCGGUGGACGAGAUUGACAUGACGUACUGCGAGGGAGCCUGUAACACCUUUUCCAAGUACAAUGCUGCAUCCGCCUUCAUGCAGCACUCCUGCACCUGCUGCCAGGAGUCUCGGACCAGCAACCGCACGGUGAACCUGCUGUGCCUGAACGGGGAGCUGCUCCCCUACCCCUACGUUCACGUGGAGGAGUGCCGCUGCAAGGUCACCGACUGCUACGCCCUCAACGAGGCGGCCAGGCCCGCCCGCCCCAAGCGCGCGGGCCGCUCUCUGCCGUAGACGCCGUCCGCUGAUCCGGCGAUGCUGAUCAUCUGCCGGACUCCCCGCGACGCGGCGCAGAUUCUACAGCGCCGCUGUCCGCUUACUCCGACUGCUCUUAUUUAAUGUUCUUUAAUCUGUUGCCGACUGGCUUAACAAAAUAGCGAUUGUAUGAUCUACUUAACUUUAGCCUUUGUCAGUAAAAAAAAAA